CGGAUGUGAAAAACCAUGUGCAGUCCGAUGUGAAAAAGCUCCUCGCACCUCUCUGUCCUCAGCUACUCUCGUUAUAUCACGCCGAAGAGCAGUCUCGCACCUUGUAGCACAACUUUACCGCAAAAAUGUUCCGUCUACCCACAGUCAUGAAGCAAGUCAGGCCAGUGUGCCGGGCGCUGGCACCUCACCUCACAAGAGCAUAUGCAAAAGACGUCAAGUUUGGCGCAGAUGCUCGAGCUCUUAUGCUGCAGGGAGUUGAUCUGCUGGCUGAUACAGUGGCUGUUACUAUGGGUCCAAAGGGUCGCACUGUCAUCAUCGAACAGUCGUGGGGCAGUCCUAAGGUCACCAAGGAUGGUGUAACAGUCGCUAAAGCCAUUGAUCUGAAGGACAAGUACAAGAACAUUGGCGCUAAGCUGGUUCAAGAUGUGGCCAACAACACCAACGAAGAGGCUGGUGACGGCACGACCACCGCAACGGUACUGGCACGAGCCAUCGCCAAAGAGGGAUUUGAUACCAUCAGUAAAGGAGCCAACCCUGUGGAGAUCCGCCGUGGGGUGAUGAUGGCUGUGGAGACUGUUAUAAAUGAACUUAAAAAGCUCUCCAAACCAGUCACAACACCAGAGGAGAUUGCACAGGUAGCAACCAUUUCUGCCAAUGGAGAUGUGGAGAUUGGUAACAUAAUUUCAAAUGCCAUGAAGAAAGUGGGUCGCAAAGGAGUGAUCACUGUCAAGGAUGGAAAAACUCUCCACGAUGAGUUGGAGAUCAUUGAGGGCAUGAAGUUUGACCGUGGUUACAUAUCCCCUUAUUUUAUCAACACUGCCAAAGGUCAGAAGUGUGAGUUUCAAGAUGCCUACCUUUUGCUGAGUGAGAAGAAAAUCUCAAGUGUCCAGAGCAUCGUCCCAGCUUUGGAAAUUGCCAAUCAACAUCGCAAACCUUUGGUGAUCGUGGCUGAAGACGUCGAUGGAGAAGCCCUGAGCACACUGGUCCUCAACAGGCUCAAAGUUGGGCUGCAGGUCGUAGCAGUAAAAGCCCCUGGAUUUGGUGACAACAGAAAAAAUCAGCUGAGAGACAUGGCCAUCGCCACUGGGGGCACUGUGUUUGGAGACGAGGCCAUCAGCUUGGCUCUGGAAGAUAUUCAGGCUCAUGACUUUGGCAAAGUUGGAGAAGUCCAAAUCACCAAAGAUGACACGCUGCUGCUGAGGGGAGGAGGCAGCCCGGCCGAUGUGGAGAAACGCGCCGCAGAGAUCGCAGAGCAGCUGGACAACACCACCAGCGACUAUGAAAAGGAGAAACUCAACGAGAGACUGGCCAAGCUGUCGGAUGGUGUGGCUGUGCUGAAGAUUGGAGGAACUAGUGAUGUGGAGGUGAAUGAGAAGAAAGACCGUGUGACGGACGCUCUGAACGCCACACGAGCUGCUGUGGAGGAGGGCAUUGUUCCUGGAGGAGGCUGUGCACUGCUGCGCUGCAUCCCAUCACUAGAUAGCCUAAAAACAGCCAACUCUGACCAGCAGAUAGGUGUGGACAUCAUUAGGCGAGCGCUCCGUAUCCCCGCCAUGACCAUUGCCAAGAACGCCGGCGUGGAGGGCUCUCUCGUCGUAGAGAAAAUCCUGCAGGGACCACAAGAGAUCGGCUACGACGCUCUACAGGGAGAAUAUGUGAACAUGGUGGAGAAGGGCAUCAUUGACCCCACUAAGGUUGUAAGAACAGCAUUACUGGAUGCGGCUGGAGUAGCGUCUCUCCUCUCCACAGCUGAGGCCGUUAUUACAGAGAUCCCUAAAGAGGAGAAGGAGAUGCCCGGUGGCAUGGGGGGCAUGGGAGGCAUGGGGGGCAUGGGAGGUGGCAUGGGUUUCUAAGAUGACCUAUGACUUGUUCAACGGACUAAUGUACAGAGGUGGCAGAGACCCAGAGAGACCCUGCUCGCCCAUGUUCGCCCCAAUCUGCAGUCGACUGCCAGACCGUGGAAUCGUUCGAGCUUGAGUCUGGCUCUGAAUCGAGUCAUGGUUUCUUUGGUUCUUCAGUAUCGUUAAAAAAAAUGGAAGAAGGAUUAUCUCCAUAGCGUCAAAACAUCCCUCCACAAACCUCCAGUGGCUUGGACAAGUGCCAUUUUAACAUGAACACGUCAUUGUUCAUAGUAAAAUAACAGAUGUUACACUGAGGUGAUGGCCUAACUAUAACUAACAUCAUGAAUCUAUUGAUUAUGCUGUUUAUUUCUGCAAAUGAGUCUGUGUCCUUAACUUGUUUUUCUUGUGUUUAAUUAUUUCCUUUUUAUAUUUGUCAUGGUUUUGGCUGAUAUUGGUACAGUCAUGUAAUUGAUUAAAUCAAUUUUGUUACGAA